AUAUUGCGGCAUUUGGCAUUGAGGUGGGUUUUAUGGCAUUUGGAUGCUAUGCUAUGAUUAAUUCUACAGUAAGCCGCAAUUCUCAUAAAAGUGAAUUCCGUGAUGUAUUGCGACUUUCGUAUGAUCACUCAAUGUGUUCUGACACUGAAUUUACACCGCUGAAGGACUUACCAGAAGAAUAUCGCAAUGUUUUCUAG